UCAACAUGGUGUUGCCGAAGUGUGUGUGGUGAGUGAAGAUCAAUCUUCCGGUUUCUUGUGGCUGUCUAGACCUUUCAGCCAUGGAUGAACGUGUACGUGAGCUAGAGACGAUGGUGGUGGACUCCAAGUCGGCGCUGUUUGCGGACAGUUUGUUGGACUCACUGAUAGCGCUAGUUCUAGACUGUAAUAUUCCGAGUCUCCGGCGUAACAGGAACGUAGAGAACUUUCUCGCCCGUUACGAGGAGUCGGUUGAGCGGGUGAAGAAUGCUCGAGUGAAGGCAGAAGAUUUCAGUAAAGUGAAGGUUAUUGGUCGUGGAGCGUUCGGGGAAGUCCAACUGGUGAGGCAAAGGAGUACGAAAAAGGUGUUUGCAAUGAAAACAUUGAGCAAGUUUGAGAUGAUCAAACGGUCAGACUCAGCUUUCUUCUGGGAGGAACGCGAUAUUAUGGCUCAUUCGGACAGUCUCUGGAUUGUUCCUCUCUACUAUGCCUUUCAAGAUGCCACUCAUUUGUAUAUGGUCAUGGAGUUCAUGCCAGGUGGUGACUUUGUUAACUUGAUGAGUAAUUAUGACAUUCCUCAUGAAUGGGCACAGUUUUACACUGCUGAAGUUGUACUAGCUCUAGAGGCUGUUCACAGUAUGGGAUAUGUUCAUAGAGAUGUCAAGCCAGAUAACAUGCUCUUGGAUGAGAAGGGACACUUGAAAUUGGCUGACUUUGGGACUUGUGUGAGAAUGGAUGAAGAUGGACUUGUGAGAUCAGAUACUGCUGUGGGAACACCUGACUACAUCUCACCUGAAGUGUUACGAUCUCAAGGUGGAGAUGGUUGUUAUGGUCAAGAGUGUGACUGGUGGUCGUUAGGAGUUUUUCUGUACGAGAUUCUUGUAGGUGAUACCCCAUUUGCAGCUGAUUCUCUAGUUUUAGUUUAUGGCAAGAUAAUGGACCACAAAAACUCAUUGCAGUUUCCAGAUGAUGCAGGACUGAAGAAGACUGCAAUAAACUUCAUUUCAGCUCUAAUAAAAGAAAGAGAAGAGAGACUCGGUCGAAAUGGCUUGAAUGAGAUCAAAGAUCAUCAAUUCUUUGUGAACACUAAAUGGACGUUUAAUAACAUCAGACAAACUGUUGCACCUGUUGUACCAGAAUUGGGUGGUGAUACAGAUACAAGACAUUUUGAUCUUCUCGAUGACGAUGAAAUAGGAUCACAAGAAACGUUUCCAGUUCAAAGAGCUUUUGCAGGCAACCACCUUCCAUUUAUUGGAUUCACAUUUUCAAAGACUUACAGGCUGUUCAGCAGUCAUCAACCAGAAACAGGAGGAGAACCUCAAAAGGAAGGAAGCACAACUGCUAAUGUGCAUGCAAAGAUCGAAUCUCUAGAGAAACAAUUGAAAGAAGAGAAGGAUAACAGAACAGGAGUUGAAAUGGACAAAAAAUCUCUUGCAAGCCAAUUAGAAAAAUCAAGCAAGGAAGUUGAUGCACUAACAGCAGUACGGAAGAAACUAGAAAGUGACAAACUGGAACUGGAUAGAAAUGUUAUAGAGUUGAAGCUUGAAGCUGCUGCUGCUAAAGAUCUUCGGAAACAGGUUGCCAAUGAAAGGCAGUUGCGACAACCAUUGGAAUCUCAGAUUGAGGAGUUACGAAACAAAUUAGAUGUAGAGACAGCAGCCAAAAGUGAGAUAGCAAACAGCACAAAGAACUUGACAUCAUUACAGAAAAAGAUUGCAUCUCUGGAGUCUCUGCUGAAGAUGAAAGAAAAAGAAAAAGAUAAAUUAACUUCGGAUUUGAGAUAUGCUGAAACAGAACUGGACAGGGCUGAUGCUGAGUGUAGUGAACUUAAACACAGUCAGACACGAUUAGGAAGAGAGAAGGCAAAGCUGGAGGCAGAGUUGAAUACUGCUAAGGCGUCAUUGGACAAGGAGAAGGCCUAUCAGUCAGGACUGAUAAACUCAAACUCUCGCCUUGAAGGUGAGGUAAAGUCUCUUCAGGAUGAAAACGAGUCUCUUGAGAAACUGGCAAGUGAAGGAGGAGAAACUCAAAAGAAACUGGAGCAUGAGAUGAAAGCAAUUGUGAAAGACAACAAGAGGAAAGAACAUGAACUACAUACUCUUAGGCAGCAGUUGCAACAGCUAGAAGCUAACCACAAAGCUGAUAUUGAAAGACUAAGACAUGAGAAACGAAGAGCUGGCAAGCAUGGAGGUGUUGACCAAGAAGGAAGUUCUCUGACAGUUCAGCUGCAAGAUGAAAUUGCUCGGAGACUACAGUAUGAGGAGAGAGCAGCCAAAGCAGAGUGUGAACUUUCAGACAAGGCAGUAGACUUGCAACAUGCUCAGGAAAGCUUAACCAAGGCUGAAGACUUGGCAUCUGCGGCACAAAAGAAGGUGCAAGAUAUGACAAGGAGACAUGAAAGAGAAAUGAGGGAAUACAGUAAACUCCGGACUGAGGCAACAAAACAAUAUUCUAUGGUAGAGGAACUGAGAAGCAAACUGAAAGAGCUUGAGCAGGAACUUCAAGAGUCUCGGGAUGAAAGAGAUGCAGUCAAAUCUGAACUAUUGCAUUUGAAACGUACUAGCAAGGUUCAUAUGGAAGUACAACAGAAGCUUGAUGAUGAAAUGUCAUAUUCGGCUUCAAUAAAGAGCCAGUUGAUGGAACAGAAGGAAAGGUCUGAUCAGACAGAAGCUACUGUCAAUGAACUGAGGCACACACUGUCAAGAGUUCAAACUGAAAAAGACACACUAGCUCUUCAGUUGGAUAUGGCUAAUUCUAAUGUGGAAAAUCUGGUAAAAGCAAAGCAUCAUGCAGAGUCAAAACAAUCUGAGAUGGAGCGUGAGAAGAUGAUGAUUGAACUUGAACUGAAAGAGAACAUUCAGCGGCACAGAAUAGAACAGCAGGAAACUAGACAGAUGCUUUUACAAGCAGAAGAGAAGAUUGGCGUUGUGCAAAAGAAGUCAGAAAAACUAAGAGAAUUGCAGGCUGCAAUUGACAAUCUUAAUGAACAGAUAGAGACAAUGGAGAAUGAACGUGUAGCUACUCAGAAUAAAAUGAAACUGGAACAACUUCUAAAGGAAACUGCAGUUGCAAAACUGACUGAAGUGAUGCAGAAAAAAGAUCCUCGUAGUCGACCAGAAGGACCUAAAUCAGACUUAAGGAAGAAAGAGAGGGAGUUACGAAAGUUAAAGAAAGACAUUGAACAGGAGAGAGAAAAAUAUGCUAGAAUGGUUACCAGAUAUCAAUCAGAUCUGUCAGACAUACAAGCUCAAGUUACCGAAGAGCAGCAACAAAGACAAUCUUUGCAGAUUGAUCUUGAAAAUCGAGAGUCUGAGAUUGAGAAGCUGAAGUUGUUGGUAAGAAGCACUGCAAAUGAGAGAGAUGGACCAGGAGUAGAUCUCCAGUUUUCUAAAGAUCAAAGGUUGGAAAGUGUUAUGCAAAUACCGAAAGCAAAAAAUAUUCGCAAACAUGGCUGGAAAGACCAGUAUGUUGUAGUUGAUUAUGAUGAGAGAAGAGUAUUGUUUUAUGAGAAAGAAGAGGAUCAAGCACCUCAAUUAGCAAUUGAUUUUGAGCAACUUGUUAAAGUGUGUUCUGUCAGCCCUGGUGAUCCACAAGUUUCUCGGGUAUUGGCGAGAGAUAUUCCGUAUAUAUUCCAAGUUGGUUAUACUCCAUUGGAUCAAACUCACACACCCAGGAGAGAAGCAGCUGAGGACUCAAAUUUUUUUGCUCGUCUCUUUCCAAAAGAUGAUCUUCGUGACAGCACUUUGCUAGUGAAAGCCAGGACAAAUGAAGAACGUGACUACUGGGUAACACGCUUGAGUCGACUGGGAACACGACGAGAGCCUUCUAGUGGAACACAUUUAGUUCCUAACAGUUCUCCUUCUCCUGCAAGUGCAAGAAGAUUUCCGCCAUCUGAUUCACAUGUAUCUCAUGGUGAUGGAUCGCAACCGCUAUCAGACAAAGUUUGAGGUACACAGGCUGUAUGUAAUGUGCCUCUACUGUCAGCCUUGUAGAGGUCUGUGGGCUGUUGUACUAGCAUCAAUGUAUGAAUGCAUGCUCGCUGACAGCUAUUAGAAAUCCAGUUGUUACAACUCAAAUAGAAUGACCUUAACUGUAUAGGUAGUGUUUGCUCCAGUUGUUUAAUUAAAUAGAGUGGAGUAAGUUACUUGUA